AUCCAGUUCAAUCAGAUGCAUAUAAAGACCGACCCGAUUCGCGAACGGGACAGUGCAAUUCGUUCGUUUGAUUUAUCAGUUUGGACAUCUGUUUGCCUGGUUACGCAACCAAUAAUUCACCGACGCCGUAUAGCAAUGUUAGCAAAAGUGGUCACGUUAUUGGCAGCACUGGCAACUGCCAGAGCCGGCACAUCGCACGUCGAAUUUGGUGGACUCGGUGGCGGGGAUCUUGGCGGCGGUCACGGUGGCGGCCUGCUCCUUGAGAGCGGCGGUCACGGUGGCGGCUUGCUCCUUGGGAGCGGUGGUCACGGAAGUGGCCUUCUCCUUGAAGGCGGCGGUCACGGGAGCGGUCUAACACUUGGAGGAGGAGGAGGUCACGGGGGCGGUCUACUACUUGGAGGAGGAGGUCACGGGGGCGGUCUACUACUUGGAGGAGGAGGUCACGGGGAAGGUCUGCUGCUUGGAGGCGGUGGAGGCUACGGUCACGGCAUUGCUUUGAUCGGGGGAGGUGAGAUCGAGCACGGACACGCAAUCCAGCUGGAGCAUAAAAAGGAAAUUGACUACUACGCGCAUCCGAAAUACGAGUUCAAAUACGGAGUCGAGGAUCAUCAUACUGGCGACUCCAAACAACAACAUGAAGUACGCGACGGGGACAAGGUAGAGGGGGAAUACUCCCUCCACGAACCUGAUGGUACCAUCCGUACUGUGAAGUACACCGCGGACAAGCACAACGGUUUCAACGCCAUCGUGAUCCGCAAAGGUCACGCGCACCAUCCGGAAGUACACCACAAGGCUAUCGCCAUACCCGUUCAGCACAGUAUAGGAUUAGGUGUAGGACACUAUUGAAAUGAAAACGUUACGCCAUUUUGACGACCGCCCACUCACCCAGAAUACUGCCAUAUGUUGUUUUCAUUGUUUAGUAGAGAAAUAAUUAUUAAUAAUAUUAUUAAUCGUAAAUAUCGUUGCUCAUCUCGCGCCCCCUUCUCUCGUGUAUUUAUAUUUGUUGUUAGUUGUUAAUAUGUUGUAUUAUUAGUUGUUUAGUGAUUCAUGCAAUAAAAUGUUGUC